CAAGGACGAUGUGCCGACAAUUCGAACAGCCGGGCCAUGGUAUUACUGGAGGAAAACAAACACACGGGUGUGGAUUCGCUGGGACCCUGUCCUAGCUCACCGCAGUUGGCCUCGGUGCGGGGUGAAAUGAUGCGAAAUAGUACAAAAUCUCGGUCAAGCAGCACCCGCCUCUCUCGUUGCAAUUUCAGCCGAGUCACGAUGAGCUCGACGCCUCGCAACUGCGCCGUGUCGACCAACGGCACCUCGCCCAGCAACCACAACCAUAAUAGUGUCGAAGACCAGAAGGACGAUGGUGAGGACUGGAGCGGCAACGAGGACGACGAGGUCGACGCCGAUGGCUCCAAGAAGCGGAAACGGCCGAUGAGCGUGUCGUGCGAGCUGUGCAAGAGCAGAAAGGUGAAAUGCGAUCGCGGCCAGCCUAGCUGUGGUUGGUGUGUCCGCAACAGUCAAGUCUGCGAAUACAAAGAACGAAAGAAGCCCGGCCUGCGUGCGGGCUAUGGCAGAGAGCUCGAAGCACGUCUCGAUAAACUCGAAACCAUCAUCGCGACGCAGCAACAAGUCUUGCAGCAAGUCGCCAAUGCUCUACCGGGACUACAGUCGCAGAUUCAUGCUCAAGCCUCUCCGGCGAGUGUCCACUCUCAACAUGCCUCGAACACGGCCUUGUUCAUGCAGACGCCGGACAUGUAUCCUACUGCCGCCGCCAUACAGUACAACCGGCUCCAGGCACAGGAAGGCAUGAACCCAACGCAAGCAUCGCAACCACACCGUGCCUCGCAACAUUCCAUUCAUCUGCCUUCUACCACUGCAGCUGACAUAUAUGCGCCCUCCAACCCGCCACUGGAGUCGCCCAGUCUAAACAUUUCAGUCACUGCUGGUCACGAUGCUGCGAUGAAGGCAGUGUCUCAGGAUCAAGACUUCCCGCCGUACGACCUUCUCUAUGCAUUGACGGGUCUGUUCUUCAACCACAUCAAUACCUGGUGCCCUAUCUUACAUCGACGAAGUACUGUCGAAUCGCUAUUCGGAACCAAUGCCCUCGAGGAGGCGGAUCGAGUUCUCCUCCAUGCGAUUGUGGCGACCACUUUACGAUUCUCAACAGAUCCUCGCUUAAGCGACCAAGCUCGAGAGCGGUACCACACCGUGUCGAAGCAAAAGGUACUGUUAUAUGGUCUCGAGAACAGCUCCGUCAAGGCGCUCCAGGCUCUCGUGAUACUAGCACUCGAUACCGUAGGCAGCUCGAAUGGACCGCCCGGAUGGAACCUGUUAGCCUUGAUUACCAGAAGCGUGGUACAACUGGGACUCGCGGUGGAGACGAGUUCGACGUCCGUCGCUCCUCUGUUCCCCUCCAUCUACACGCUGCGUGCGAUGGUCCUGCCGGAGCCCAAGUCCUUCAUCGAGGAUGAAAGUCGGAGACGGCUUCUCUGGAUGGUCUACCUGUUAGAUCGCUACGCCACGAUUGCGACUGCCUUUGACUUUGCACUGGACGAUAGAGAGAUUGAUCGCAAGCUGCCUUGUCGUGACGACCUCUUUGCGCGAAAUCAGCCCGUUGAUACGCGAUGGUUCCAGACUAUGGAAGGCGUACAGCACCACCUGGGCGAGAUGAAUCAGCCAGAGAAUCUCGGCUCCUUCAGCUACUAUAUCGAGAUCAUUGGCAUCUUAUCGCAGAUACAUCGCUUCUUGAAGAAGCCUGUCGAUAUUAGCGCGUUGUCCGAUGUCGAGCAGUGGCAGCAAGAGUACCGUCAGCUGGAUGGGAAACUCAAUCAAUGGAAGUUCAGCCUCCCCAGCGAGUAUGGCAACAUGUCUCGCUUGUUCAACUCGAAUGGGUCCAACACGGUCGUCAACUGCAUCUGGAUCAUGCUGCAUAUCACGUAUCAUACUACCGUGAUCCGACUGCAUUCCUCCGCCGCAUACCCCACAACACGGUCGCCCAUCUUCACACCAUCCUUUUCCGCCAGUCAACGAUGCCAUACUGCCGUCGAAGACAUCUGCGCUCUAUGCACCUAUGUCCGCAACAAUCAGAUGCUGACCAAGCUGGGACCGCCGUUUGCCUUCAGUCUCUGGGUGGCGGCCCGACUCCUGCUUGUACAUGGUUCCACCAUUGAUCACCAGGUCAACCCUGCAAUACAACCCCUCAUCGACACGUUGCGAGAGAUGGGCUACUACUGGAAAGUCGCUGAGCGAUAUGCGACUCUCCUGCAACGGGUCAUGGACGAAUACAGCGAGUCCGAACGCGCGCCGGUGCCGGCGAGCGGUGUACGCGAGACCCCCAGUACCGUGAGGAUUCUCGCUGACAUGCGUCGGUGCGCAUAUGAUUUGGAUUUUUUGAUUUCUCGGCAACCGCGUCAAUUCUUCGGUGCGAAGCAGCAGGUGAACAAUUCCUCCGUCACGCCCGCUCGCACUCCUGCUCCCAAUGAGCUCGAGUAUCUGGACGUGUUUGACUUCUUCAAUAUGCCCCGACUGCCGCCUGCGCCAGGGGUGGAUCAUGCUGGCGUCAAUGGUGCGAGCGGCGAGGCCGCCGCCAAUAAUAAUAAUAAUAAUAAUAAUAAUGGUAAUGGUAAUGGUAAUGGAACUAUGCCCGAGUAUCAGUCGUUUAUGGAUUAUCACAGCAUGGAAGGAAAUCAUGGGACGGAUUGGUUAGUGAGCUCGUCGACGAUUUAGAAAAGUUGCAAGAUAGGUACCUCUCUCUGUACUUUUGGACUCUUGG